AUGGAGAAGCUGGAGCACGGUACGGCUGUUGAAGUUAUCCCUUAUCCGUGCCGAGUAAAAUGCAUUGCAUACGGCAGGGAUGUUAUUCACUACGACAACGAAGAGUUACGCAAGGAGCUGGAUGAUCAAGGAGUGGACGAAGUUCACCGCAUCACCAAAAAAGUUGGCGACGAAAGGAUUAAUACCCCCCUGCUCGUCCUCACCAUCCGUGGGACCUCAAGACCGGAAUAUAUCUUCUUCGGUUUCUUAAGGUGCCCAACUAGGCCCUACUACCCUUCUCCGAUGCAGUGCUUCGGUUGUUGGUCUUUCGGCCACACCAAGGCUCGCUGCAAGGCACAAAACUGCAUCUGUGGGAAUUGUUCGGGUACUCAUCCGAUCAACGAGGAUAGGAGAUGUGAUCUACCAAAAUUCUGCGGUAGGUGUAACAGCGACCAACACGGUAUUUCGAGCCGAUCAUGCCCCGGCUACAAAGCCGAAAACGACGUACAGAGGAUCAAAGUCGACCACGGUUGCACCUACCCGGAGGCCAGAAGAAUCCUCCAACAAGAGAAGAGAAACGUAGGGUCUUAUGCUGAAGCCGCCCAGAGAAACCUUACCCCAGCAAACCAGCCGACCCAGCCAACACCAGUGGUGGACGAUGUUUCCGCCAUAUUGACAGAGAUGCGUACUAUGCGUAAAGAGCUGGAAUCUCUCCGUCUCGAGGUACAAACUCUCAGAAUAGAGAAUGAGCAGUUAAAAGGGAACAGGACAGCAAAAGCUCCUUCUCCACGGAGUAACUUUUCCCCGCAAAAACACCACGACGCCCAUUCCUCAGCCGACAUCCAAGACAACAUCUAG